GGGCUGUAACCAGACCCUCAGGGACGAGCUCAAGAGCUCACCACUUCACAACUUCGACUUUCUCACCAGGAUUUUAAGACGCGCAAUCUCAACGCGCAGCACUCGAUUCCGCCCACAGCCGCCAAUUUCUGGCUGGAGGAUCGCUCCUACAGCUUCCGAUUGAUACCUACACCCCACACGCAAUGUCGUCGCGCUUCGUCUCGGGCGGCAUCAUCCCCGGCGACGGCACUUCACCAGCCCCACCUCCUCCAGCUGGUACUGCCGCGACAGCUUCAGCCAUAACCCCAGGAGCAGCAGCACCCUCGUCAACCGUCAAAUCCACCUCUAGCACUCUCAGCACUGCCACGCCCACCACCACCACCACCAGCGCACCCCAACCCAAUCCGACCACCGCAUCCGCCUGGUCCGAAGUCGAAUCCCGUCUGCAAUCCGAACGUCUUGCCCGCGAAGCCGCGCGCAAAUCCCUCGUUGAAGGCACCAACAGCCAAAACAGUCUGUACGACGUUUUACAAGCCAACAAAGCCGCCAAACAAGCCGCGUUCGAAGAAGCAAGUCGGCUGCGGAACCAGUUCCGGGCUUUGGACGACGACGAGAUUGAUUUCUUGGACGAGGUGGAGGAGGAGAAGCGGAAGGAAGAGGAGAGGAUACGGAGGGAGACGGAAGAGAGGUUGAGGCGGUUCAAGGAGGCGCAGAGGGGGUUAAAUGAGGGUGAAGAAGGGGAAGUAGGGGCGGGCAUAGGGGAGAAUGAGGUCGGAUUGGAGUGGAGUAAGGGUGCGGCGGGACGGAAGAGGAAGAGGGAGAAGGACGAGAAGAUAAAGGGGUUGAAGAGGAGGGUGAGUUCGGGAGUCAAGGUCGAGGCAAAGGAGGAGGGCAUCUCUGGUGAAGGUCGUGGUGAAAAAGGCGUGCGGAAGGUCGAGGCGAAUGCGAGCGAGGCCUUGACGGAGACUAAUGCUCUUACGAAAGCGACACCAGCGCCCGCACCGUCUCCAACAGUGGCAAAGCCGAAGCUUGGCCUCAUGGAUUACGGAUCUGAUGACGAUGACUGAAGCAGGAACUCGUCUUCACGUUCAUUAUCCUAUCACCGGAUGCCCAUUAAAUCGAUGCUGGACAUCGUUGGCUAAAUCUUGCCCCAACGGCAUGAGUCUGGACGCUGCCUCGUCGGCGUACACCAAGCAUCCAAAUCAUGGAUUAAGACUCCUCGGAGUCCAGUCCACACGGUGAGACUGUAAUACGUCCAUGGCGUGGCCGCGUAGACUGACGCUUUGAGAGGCGAUAGAGAGUCCCGUCGAUAUUAUUAUACCCAAGGAUGCGU